AUGAGUGAGGCGGAUCGGGUGCCCUCGCCCGCCGCGCCGCCGGCGGUGACGGCGGCCGCACCCGAGGAGAAGAAAGGGAAGGAGCCAGAGCGCGAGAAGCUGCCGCCCAUCGUGUCGGCGGGCGCCGGCGCGACUGCGGGUUCAGACAGAGGAGGAGCCAAAGGGCAAAUUUCCACUUUAAGCGGUUUUGUUUCGACCGUUAGCCAGAAGAAAGAAGCUGCCGAAAACAGAAGUUCACCGACACAUCUUGUUUUCCCUAACAUCAAGAAUGUGAGAGACCUGCCACCUACUUGCCUUGAUGUUAGGCAAAAACAGCGCAUCUCUAUAGAUGCACUACCAUCCGAAAUGAAGGCCUCGGCCCUUCCAGAACCUACCAUUCCUAUCCAGCCCAAAACUAUGAAGGAUUUCCAGGAAGAUGUAGAGAAAGUUAAGUCAUCAGGGGAUUGGAAAGCAGUACAUGAUUUUUAUCUAACAACAUUUGAUUCGUUCCCAGAACUAAAUGCUGCAUUUAAGAAAGAUACCACUGCCUCGUUUAAUACCAUUGAAGACUCUGGGGUUAAUGCUAAAUUUGUGAAUGCUGUUUAUGAUGCCUUACUUAAUACUCCUCAAGACAUUCAGAAAACAGUAUUAAAGGGUAUCAUUAACAGCCUGCUAAGAGAAUGGAAAGGUCCACGAACAAAAGAUGAUCUUAGAGCAUAUUUUAUACUUUUACAGAAUCCUCAAUUUAAUAACACAUCUACGUACGUCAUCUAUGCUCACUUGCUACGACAGAUAGCUGCCUUAGUGGAAGCUGACCAUCAUUUCCUAGUUCACUGGUUUAAAAAAUUAUCCCAGAAGAGGUUCAAACAAUUGGUAGAAAGAUUGCUGCAAUUUAUUUCUUUACGCCUGUUUCCUGCAAAGCCUGAAGAAUUUCCACCUAUAGCAAAGUGUUCCUGGUGGAUUCCAUCAGCAUCUAAAGUGUUGGCUUUACUUAAUACAGCAAACAAUUUGGCUCACCCUCCCCUUAUUCCUUACACUGAUUUCUAUAAUUCUACAUUGGAUCACAUUGAUCUCAUGGAAGAGUAUCAUACCUGGCAGAGCUUUGGAAACUCUCACAGGUUUUCCUUCUGUCAGUACCCAUUCGUUAUUUCUAUAGCUGCAAAAAAAAUCAUUAUUCAAAGAGACUCAGAACAACAGAUGAUAAGCAUCGCAAGGCAAAGUCUGGUGGAUAAAGUAUCUCGAAGACAGAGACCUGAUAUGAAUAUGUUAUUUCUAAAUAUGAAAGUAAGGCGGACACAUCUGGUUAGCGAUUCACUUGAUGAGUUAACCCGGAAAAGAGCAGACUUGAAAAAGAAGUUGAAAGUUACGUUUGUAGGGGAAGCUGGUUUGGAUAUGGGUGGAUUGACUAAAGAAUGGUUCCUUCUUCUAAUUCGCCAGAUUUUCCAUCCAGAUUAUGGAAUGUUUACCUAUCACAAGGAUUCACACUGCCAUUGGUUUAGCAGCUUUAAAUGUGAUAACUAUUCUGAAUUCCGAUUGGUUGGAAUUCUUAUGGGACUAGCUGUUUAUAACAGCAUCACCUUGGAUAUUCGUUUCCCUCCCUGCUGCUACAAGAAAUUAUUGAGCCCUCCUGUCGUUCCUAGUGAUCAAAAUACAGCAGUCGGCAUCUGCAGUGUUACCAUUGAUGAUUUAUGUCAAAUUAUGCCUGAAUUGGCCCAUGGAUUAAGUGAGCUCUUAUCAUAUGAAGGCAAUGUUGAAGAAGAUUUCUAUUCAACUUUCCAGGUUUUCCAAGAAGAAUUUGGAAUAAUUAAAUCCUAUAAUUUAAAGCCGGGAGGUGACAAAAUUCCAGUUACCAAUCAAAAUAGGAAAGAAUAUAUACAGCUUUAUAUUGACUUUCUUCUCAACAAAUCCAUCUAUAAGCAGUUUGCUGCAUUUUAUUAUGGAUUCCAUGGUGUGUGCACUUCAAAUGCCCUAAUGCUGCUUCGGCCAGAAGAGGUUGAAAUUCUGGUCUGUGGAAGUCCUGAGCUGGAUAUGCACGCUCUGCAAAGAAGUACGCAGUAUGAGGGCUACGCAAAAACUGACUUAACUAUAAGAUACUUUUGGGAUGUUGUGCUUGGAUUUCCCCUUGAUCUUCAAAAGAAGUUGCUGCAUUUUACUACAGGAAGUGACAGAGUACCUGUAGGAGGGAUGGCUGAUUUGAACUUCAAAAUCUCAAAGAAUGAAACUUCUACUAACUGGUUACCUGUGGCCCACACCUGCUUCAAUCAACUUUGCCUUCCCCCCUACAAGAGCAAAAAAGACCUGAAACAGAAAUUGAUCAUUGGAAUUUCAAAUUCAGAAGGUUUUGGACUUGAGUAACCUAGAAGACUUGAAAUAUAAUACUUUUUAUAUGUAGCAUUCACUUCCCUCUUAUUGUGCCUUUUACCUCUUCAUGUUUCUGUCUCAAACACCUUGACACAGCUCACCAACUUUAAAAUGCUGAUUUUCUAAAAUCAAAUAUGAAGUAUUUCAACGAAGGCAUGAUUUUCUAAGAGCACAGAAAUUGCUCGACUGAGGAAAAGACCAGGUAGCAAAGAUAAGUGUGGGUCCAGUCCCUCUUUUUUAUAGCACUUUCCCAUUCCCCGUUGGCAGUUUGUCACAGGUUCCACUGGGAGAGCAGAGUGCAGUGGAGAACGGCAUAGCCGAGCCCAGUGGCAGAUUGUAUGCUGCCAGCACACAGUAGCCAAGCAGAUAGCUACAUUAUCAUCAAUAUGAGGCACGUAGCCAUAUUUUCAUAUAGAGGUAAGCAACAGUAUAAUUGCAAAUGCAGUUCACAGGGUUUUUUGAUAUACUGGCUUUGGUCCUGUAAGAUUCUUUUCACCUAUUGCUGAAAAGCAUGUAAAUAGCUACAUAGUAGCCUGAGGUCAUGGGAUUUUGAUAGUGCCAUUUAUUGCUAAAGAUUUAUUUUUACAAAGUAAAUUCAGGGUUUUAGAUGUGUGUACAGCUUUUACAAAUCAAUAAAGAUGAUUGUACAAGAGUGUAACUAUUUUCAGACUAACUGGAUUCAAGGUUAUAUUCUUUUAAAUAUCAGUGUUAGUCUGCAUGCACAUGGCAGUAAGCUAGUUACUUUGAGUACUCUGUAAUGUUUAUAUAAUGAUCAUUUCUUCCUAUGGGUCAGGUUAUUAGAAAAGAAAUCAGAUCUAAUUAAUCCCUGAUGCAUUAAGUCAAUUACAAGCACAAAAGAACAGUUUUUAUAUAUACACAUAUAUAUUUUGAUUCAUGUACAAAGCUUAUUUCUAAUAUUUUUGAUCAGCACUUGUACUGAAACACUAACUUACGGAAAAAGUAGGAUAAGAUAUUUGACAAAAGUGAAUACAAUAAUAUUUGUGUCAAAUGAUGUAAAAAAAAGCUUGGUAAAAAUGAAGUUCAACGUUUUGGAUUCUGAACAUAGUAAAUUCAAUAGUACCCUUUUGUGAAUGUUCUAAUAAAGUAGCAUGUGAAAAGAAACUAUA